CUUCGUCAAGAGAGGGGUAUGCAAAUGCUGGACAGGGUUCUCGACAGAUAAAAUCUCUAGAAUCGGUAGGCUCAAGGAUAAAGAACUCACAUGCAUCAUUUCAUUUUCAACAAUCUUCAGGAGAGGUUAGUGUCCAAAACACUGGGAAGACGGAUCUCUCCAUGGCUAUCGCGAUUUCCAUUGGAAACUCAGAGAAGUUCACCAAGCUGGACUUUAUGGGGAAAAUUAUGGAUGGCAGCAGUUUUCCUUCAAAGUGCCAGUUCGUUACCCUCUCGAAUGUUUCAAAAGGGAUACAAAAGAUAAACCAGAUCAUCAAAACCAGCUGUUCGAAUGGCAGCAGUGUUAAUAACUCUGACACAUGCUCCAUUAAAGUAGUUGAGAAGGAACUCUUAAAAGGUGCCAUGGACUUGGAGUCAUCCCUGAGAAUGCUAGUUAACCUGCAGGAAGCAUCUUCCAAUCACAUUAACAGCUCUCAAAGAAGGAACCGGCAUGUAAUAUCUCUUGUUGAAGAUGAAUAUAGAGUUGAUGAUGUGAAAGCAGCAGAUCAGAAGCAACUGGACCUUCCAAGAUUUUCAUUCGAUAAGCCAUCCAGAAAAUCAUAUACCAAGAAGGAGACCAGAGAUGGUGGAAAAAAUGAACUUCUAGCCUUGACGUACCACAAAAGAUCAAUAUCAUGCAUUCCGGAUUUUAAGGACGGCUCUGCAAAUUUGGAGCCAAAAAGCCAGUCAACUUCAUCAACACAUGGUGCAGGGAAGGGGAGAAUUUCAAAUGUCAUUGCAAAACUCAUGGGGUUGGAUGAAUUUCCUCAAAAUGCAAAUCUGAAGGCCUCAGGUCAGUCAACCUCCAAGAAAGGUUCCGGGAAUUUCUUGAAAAAUGAGAGAGAGCCAACAGACAAUAACAACUUCUUAAAGCAGCGCACAACAGAGAAGAACGAACCUCAUCCAAUUCUUCCACAAAAGCUAAACAUAGAAGCUGCUGAAAACUUGUCACCAGAGAAAAAUAAGCACGUGAAGAAGAAUGAUAUACAUCGGAAGGAAAACAAUGUGGGUGAAAAAGGGGCCAAGUCAGUGAAGCAAAACCUGGAUCUUGGAAAACCAGGGGGAAAGCAAGUUAAGGCCAGAGUCUCACAAUCAUCAAAGAAUAAUAAACCAAGAGAGCCAUCACCUGACCGGGCCAAGACUGCUGCUACAAAGCCAACUUUUGCUAAGCAUAGAGCCCAAGAGAAGCCUAUCAAGGAGCCAUCCAGAAAGAAGAAAGAGAAUCACAUUCAAGUCCAAAGAAAAGACCCAUCUAAAAACAUAUUGAAACGGCAGUUGCCAAUAUCGCAGGUGAAGAAACGGUUGAAAUGCAAUGUGAAUAGAAGCUCUGGUUUAGAAGGCAGAUUGAUGGAUGAACAUUCAACAGAAUCGAAAAGCAAAAAUGUCUCUGAACCUGAAACUUCAAAGGCUGGAGAAGAAAUAUGGCUUUGUGAAGCAAAAGAUUCUUGCAAUGAUGCUGGUGAUCCAAUAUAUUUGGCAUCUGAUAUUCCUAAUGAAAAUCAAGAUACUGCGGAAGAGAGGAAUCACAAUGAUGCAGACCAAAGUCACACAAUCAAUUCUCAAAAUCUUGUACAAAACCACCAAGAAGGACCCCAAGAGCAUGAAAUUACAAUUGCGGCCACUGAGAAUUCAGAAAACACACUGAUUGGAUCAGAAACCAGCAAGCUAAUUCCAAAACGACAAAAUGAGCCACUGACGGAACCGGAAAAGAACCUCAAGGAAUCACUCACCAAAAGCCACCUAUUCCAUAGCACAGCUGAAGCACUUUUCAACCUGAACUUACCUCCAAGUGUUCUUCAUCAUGCAAGUGAUCAUCAAAUCAAUGAAGGGGCCGCAGACCGUCUGCUUACGGUAGACAUUGCCUACGAGGUAAUGAAAAGAAAAGGGAGGAGGCAAGAAAUCUCAGUCCAUCCCUGUGCAAGAAAAACAUCCAUCAUCAGCGACAUAAAGGUGGGAUCUUUAGAUGAUCUGAUCAAGCAGAUGUGGAAGGACUUCGACGAGUUGGCCAGCUACAGCCAUAAUGGCAGUGAAGAAUGGGAGUCAACGCAGCACUUUGAUGACAGGCUUACAAAAGACAUGCAAAACAGAAACUCAGAUAUAAAUAGUAUGUGGGACUUGGGAUGGGACAGAACCAUGUUUGCCUUCCUAGAAAAGGAUGAGAUUGCAAAGGAUGUUGAAAGAUGUUUGCUGAAGGGACUCAUACAUGAGGUCGCCAUGGACUUACUGUAAAAUACUGAGUGAGACUAAGGUAGAUGUGUGUGUGGGUUUUACACACCACCAAGGUAGAGAGAGAAGCAUGAGAGGAAUUCUACACAAGAAUACCACCGGGAAAAUCCAAGGGGUCUUGGUGAGUGUGGGUGAGUGUAGGGAGUAACUGGUUUUAGUUACUCGGAAAAAUAUAUCCGGGCAUAGGAUGUGGAAAGAUCUGUUUACGAGUGUCUGGAAUUUAGCCUUGUAAACAGGGGAGAGUUUUUUGUAUAUUGUCCUGAAGUAGUGGAAAUAUAAUUUUUUCUCUCAU